CGAUCAAGCAGCCGGUAACUGGAGGGGGUGUCGGAGGCGCGGUUGAGGAGGAGGAUGGAGAGCAAGUGAGGCAACCUACCCCCAUCUGAAAUAACUGCGCAGUGUAUAUGAGAUCCUCAUGUGCCCCCACAGUUGGAUUGCUUUGCUUUUGUCGCCGUUAAUAUCUGCGAUCGUCUAUUUAUUACUUCCAUUUACUUUCAUUGGAUGAGUAAGGCACGCGUGCAGAAGUAUCCCGGAAAUAGCGUGUAGCCUACUCGCAGCCUGUCACGUACGCUCACGGAGGAUUUGCAUUGCUGUUGGCUGGAGUAGGUUCCUAAUUAAAAUGCCAUUGCUUAUGCUAUGCAAAUGGUGCAAAUAAGUGGAGAAAACGCUACAAGAACGCAAAACGUGGUCAUGAAACUUAUAGUUUUUAUACCAGAGCUUUCUUUCAGUGAAAGCAGUUGCUCUAGAAAAUGAAGGGAGGACGUGGGCUACGUGCGCAUCCAGCCGAUGACGAGAUGAAAUGGAGAGCUUGGGACAUACGGACCUUUUAAGCCCAAGCUCUUGUCGCGGAUCAGUCACUUUGCCACCCGCACAAGACAGAACCGGACAGCAAGUUACCUCUGGCCAAUUAGGCAUUUACCACACGUACCGGGCGGAUAUGGGACUGAACGGAUUUUGCGCAGCACCCGCUGGGAGCCCCACAGCUGCUGAGCUACUCGUGGGUCUCGCCUCUCAGACCGAGUCUCCUGGAAUCACAACCCCAACAAAGCGGGUAAAAACUGGGGUACCACUUUACAACGGCGGUGUGAUUUCUCCAUCUGCCACAGUGGAGGGCAGCCACGCAGGCGUUAAGGCUCAAACUCCAAACUGUUAUCCAGCUCAGUGCCAUGGGACGUCCACCGACUCUGUGUACCCCCUGGGCAGCAGGGUCUGCUUUGAAGAGAGUGGGGAAAGGACAGGUCAAGAAAACAGCCAUUUCAUCCGAAGGAUUAAUAGUGAUAUUAGAAGCAGACAACUACAACAGAAGCGCAGCAGGGGUGGAGAGAAAAGAGAAGUGGGUCCAGAAAGUCUUAAUGGACCUGUUGGUUCUGGAGGGUUAGGUAGCACGGUGGACCUAGUAUAUUCUUUAGGAGACUCAGGGGACAUUAAGAGGAGAAGGUUGUUAGAUGGAAAUGCUGCUCAUAAGUCUGUACACUGUGCUAUGCCCUUCAUUCUUCACAAUAACCAGCAAAAUGAACAGAGUGUCUCUUCAGAUCAGCCCAUAGUUCACAUCAGCAGUAUCCCUGCCCCUUCUUCCCCUGCAGCUUCUGUCUGGUCAGCUGAACGCUUGGCCCAGCAGUUAAUUGUUCCCUGCAUGAGGUACUAUGGAAUCUGUGUUAAGGACCACUUCUUAGGCCCACACCUUGGUGAUAGAAUAUUUGAGGAGGUAGAGGUGUUAGACCAGAGUGGGAAAUUUCGAGGAGGCCAACUAGUAAGCCAAAAGGGAAUCCCAUCUAGGAGCAUCCGAGGGGACCAGAUAGCCUGGGUCGAGGGCUGUGAGCCAGGCUGUGAAAACAUCGCCACACUGAUGGCUCGUAUUGAUGAGGCCAUCAUGUACAGUGCUGCCACUGGGCAGCUUGGCGACUGUGUCAUCAAUGGCCGCACCAAGGCAAUGGUGGCUUGUUACCCAGGAAACGGUGCGGGUUAUGUCCGCCAUGUUGAUAACCCAAAUCGUGACGGACGGUGCAUUACAUGUAUCUACUAUCUUAACAAGAACUGGGAUGUCACGAAACAUGGAGGAAUGCUUCAGAUUUUUCCUGAUGGCAAAAACGUUGUCGCUAAUAUUGAACCUGUGUUUGACCGUUUGUUGAUCUUCUGGUCUGACCGCAGAAACCCACAUGAAGUUAAACCCGCCUUCGCCACUCGAUAUGCCAUUACAGUCUGGUACUUUGAUGCAAAAGAAAGAGCAGAGGCUAAAGAGAAGUACAGACUGGCAACGGGACAGAAAGGCGUUCAAGUGCCUGUCACUCAAAACAGUAGGACAUAAGUCUCCUGUAACCACUGGGGAUUGAUCAAGAAGCAUUAUGUGCCUUCACCAAUAGUAAUUUGAUGUUUUGAGCCUAAACAGAAGUUGUGUUUGACUGUCAGUGAGCACUGCAUGCUGAGCAGAAAGCAGAAAAGAACACAGACCCAUGGAUGGACCUUUGGAUAAUGGAAUCGAAUGGCAUAGAAACGUAUUCAGUUUAAAAUAUAACCACAAAUUAUUCUUUGCAAGAUGUUACGUUGAAUGAAAGACUAUAAACACUUGAUUUUUUAAAAUUUAUGUUUUGAUAAAUCUGUGGAUUGACCUGUGUGGUCUGUAGUAAUAAAGAGAAUGCACUAUAACAAAAGGGACAUAAAAAAAUCACACAUAAUAACAGGGUUUUGUCUAAAUGUCCCCUAUCUCCACUUGAGGCACUCUAAUCUCUGGUCUGACAGAGAAGCACAAAAUGCCUUAUGGUACUUGUUAAACAUACAGGGACUGGUAGACACUGAAUCUUUGCACCUCCAAUUAUAUAUUAGGAGAAUAUAUGUGCUCCACGCUUCUUUAAUCUCUCCAAAAGACAAAGCAUGGACAGUGACAUUUAAGGUUCAGUGUUAUCAGUUUAUUGACCCCUUAAAGGCUGUGUUCUCUAAUAGACUGAGACAUAAGAAGUGAGUUGCCCAUGUGAUGAAAUUGUGCAUUAGACCUUUUGCCAAUGUUGAAUGAAUGUAAGACUGAUCCUAAUAUGUUCUUGUAUGUCUCCCAAUCUAUGUGAACAUGUUAGCCUGCAAUAUAAAGGUGCUUUGUGUAACAUUUCUGGUGGAGGGCCCAUCAAAUGCUUUUUCUCCAUGAUGAUGUUAUUGCUUUGACUGGAAUGUUUCACAGUAUGGCAUUAAACCUUUCUAUCACCAAGUAGAACAAACCAGGCCAAGUUGCAGGUCAGAUCUGUCGUGAGGCAACAUUGCUCACAGUAAGAAUGCCUGUUUUUCAAGGUAUUUUUGAGCGAUAAAUUAAAUGUAAGGUAGAGCUGUUUAAUGUUAUACUGUGGAGCAUUCCAGGCAGAGCAGUGGCAUAGCCAUAAAAAUAAGCAGGUGACGACCCUCAACGAAAAAGUUACAUAUUGCAGCUUUAAAGGAGUCUAUUACAGUUUUCAAAAUGGCUAAAAUUUCCCCUUCUAGUCUUCUGUUUAUAAGCAGGUCAUUUGGUCAUUUGCUGCUGCGUAGAAUGGGUCCUUGCACAUGUACAGUAUGUUUAUUAUUCCAGUGUCCCAGUAAGUGAACUGGGGGCACUGUUUUGAAUGAGUAAAUGUUCUUUUGUUUUAUUUUUUGAAAGAGCACUUUAUGUGAAAAAUUUGAUUAAAUUAAUUGCUUUGCUGUGGACAUUAUGGCUAAUCAAAUGCAAUAGAAACUAAAACAAUGAGAACAAAUGGAAAAUGUAAAAAAAAAAAAAAAAGUUAUUUAAUUAAAAUGUUUUUAAGCUAUAUUGUGUGUGUCUUUACAUUUGGUUGUGGUAACUUAUGAAUAAAGUAAAUGGCAACUGGACUUCAAUAUAGCAUUUUGGCAAGUUUAGUUUUUUUUUUAGUUUUGUUUGUGUAAUGUGAUUAAAUAAUAAUGGCAAUAAA